UUGCCUUCACGAACACGCCAGCGCCGACUCCUCCCGGCCCUUCGACGUGGCUCUUUCCCUCUCUCUCUGUUCGACAGUGUGCCCCCGUGUGGUUCCUCUCAGAUAAGGGAGCUUCGUCCAGGAGACACGCGCGCCAGUCGAUCCCUCGCGCCAAAGGAAAAGAUCACGUGACCCGCCAGGGAAAAAAAAGCGGAAAGUUACAUUUGGACGUUUCAAGUUUCCACAACACACAGGAUGUACAGUGCAAGCAAGGCGGCGACGACGGCGCUGGCGGUGGCGCUGGCGGUGGCGCUGGCGGUCGUGAGCGUCGGAGCCGAUUCCUCGCCGUCGCAGUAUGAGCUCCCGUCCAACGCCACGGUGGUCAACGGAGGACCCAUCGUCACGGGCUUCAGCUGCGACGGCCUCAAGUACGGAUACUACGCGGAUCUGAACAACGGGUGCAGAGUGUUCCAUAUCUGUUAUCCUUAUCUCGAUGCUGAAGAGUUUCUGCGUACAAGGAUGUUCUCGUUCAUCUGCGGUCUCGGGACGGUGUUCAACCAGGUGACCCUCGUCUGCGACUUCCCCAACGACUCCAUCCCUUGCGAGGACUCUCCGAACUACUACGACUCGUCCAACGGGCAGUUCGGCCUCAGGGACGUCAACUUCAACGAGUAACCAGCGCAGAAAGGCUAAAAGUGUAUAGUUCUUGGCUUUAAGACGUGUAGGUGGUAGGCCUAGGCUAUAGCAGUAGUGGUUGAACCUUGGGUCGGGCACGCAGAGCGGCUGUAUGCCCUGUGGUUGUGCUUGAGAUGCCUCUGGAGAUAUGUUUGAGUGUUAGAUAUGUGCAUGUGUAAGUAUGCAUGUGUAUAUAUGUGUGUAUAUAUAUAUGCAUAUAUAUACAUAUAUAUAAUACACACACACACAUAUAUAUAUACUUAUAUGCAUAUGUAUAUAUAUAUACUUAUAUGAAUAUAUAUAUAUAUAUAUAAUACACACACACAUAUACAUAUGCACACGCACACACACACCACAUAUACGAUAUACAUAUAACACUUGUAAGUAAAUAUACGUACACACACACACACACACACGCACACAUACACACACACACACACACACACACACACACACACACACACACACACACACACACACACACACACACACACACA